UUUGCUCCGGAUAUAGGUGCUUUGAACCCAUGAUUAAGCUUGACCAUAAUUAGGCGCAUGUGUUUUGUCCUGACUUCAGCUUUAACCAUACCUAGGGUGGGGGUAAACCUAGUGGCGCAACAAUUGUUCAUACCGAUCUUCAUCUGCUCUGAUGUGUCAGUCCUAGAAUCUCAAUUGUGAGUAGGGUCUCUGUCACCAUGUUAUAAAAAUUUAAAUGGGUUCUUUGCCAUUUAAUACAAUUUGUUGUAUGUAUAAAGGCCCACUAUUUAGAAUAUGUGCACCAUAAUGGCCAAUAAAAAGGAAAUGAACGACGCUUUCUAUUUCUUUUCCUGUGUCAUUUUCUGGCAGUUCAUUACUGCAUCAGAUUUUGCCAUCUCGUGGUAAAACUUACCCUAUUCAACUUCUCUCAAACAGAACCAGAGACGUGAAGCUGGUGGAAGAGUCAUCAGGAGCAUUCUUCAUAAUAAGGAUGGUUGUCAAGGUCAGUCAUCAUCUGGUGCUCAAUCUGAACAAGAAAUCCAUAACUCUAACCAGGACAGGGAAAAAAAACCUCCCCGACCUCCAACUGUGCGGUUGUUACAGAAGGACAUGAAUGGGGCUCCUGAUAAUAAGGCUGUUGGCAAUGCUAUACAUGCUAUCCACACAGAUAAGCGUGAAAGAAGGACAAGGAAUAAGGAUAGGCCUGAUCGUGGAGUUUGGACUCCUCUUCGGCAUUCAGGUAGCUCACAUGCAAGUGAUGAGUCUUUAUCAUCAUAUACUUCCCAAACCACUCCAGAAGUGGAUCCUGCAGAAGGAACUCAUGGAGAAAUGAAACUUGACAUACUGAGUGUGCAUGGUGCUGAGUUCAGACCCUCUGGAAGUGGACGCGGAAGUCAAUACUCAGUUGAUAAUGGUUCUUAUAGGCAUGGUGGUCGUCGUGGAUCAGCAUACAAUACCAAGGAUGCAGAUGGCCCCUCAUUUGUAGAGGGGAAACCCUUAAAACGUGGAGGUUCUUCUGGCUAUGGUUCACAUGAGAAACAAGUGUGGAUCCAAAAGUCCUGUUCUGGUUCAUAGUUUUGUUGUAUAUAACGCUUCUGCAGUGAAAUGUUUGGUCGGUUACUAUAUCGAAGCACGCAUCUGAUUUUGGCUCAGGUUCUCUCUUGUUGGACAAAUCUGGCGCAAGAAAUGCUGGAGUAGACGAAAAUGCUUGGACACUUCAGUUAUACCUGAAUGCUACAGAUACUGAUGUAUUUUUACUACUCAGUAGGCUGAAGAAAUUCUGAUCCUUUAGAUCAAAACUGGUUAGGGAUAGGAGAAGUGAAGUGAGCAUGCGCAAAUAUAACACCAGAAUUUGUCUAGGAGUCUCGACGAUGGAGUUAUACUAAUUGGCCGAGCUAUGGAUCUCGCUGUUUUAGCAAUUGACUUGAUUGAUAUGGAGAUAAUUUAACUUGGUAGAUUGCUGCUUUCUUGUUGCUGAACUGUAAAUACAAAUCUGGAAUGGUGUGUACUGCUACUGUUAGUUGAUCGCUCUAUAUAUAUGACACACACACACACGUGUCAUGCGCUAUGUUUUGUUGAGCAGUCCUGUAAUCGCCCCAGCGUAGCGCAAGGUUUAACUGUAAUCGGGUUUGUGAAAGAAGGGAGGUUGAGGCUGUUGCUAGAUUGUGUGCUAGUGUUUUUCUUUAGCUCUAUGCUACAAGUUUGUAUCUGGGAGCGUUAUCGGAAUCGAAUUAGAUUUGACAUUUGAGCAUUGUUUUGGCAUGCUAUGGUGAUUGUAUUGCUAGAUUUGGACAUGACAUAAUAUGGUUAUAAAUUAUAAUUCGCUGCUUUUUCCUAAA